AGAGGAAGAGUAGAGUUGAAGAGGAUAGAGAACAAGAUAAACAGGCAGGUGACAUUUGCUAAGAGAAGGAAUGGGUUGCUGAAGAAAGCUUAUGAGCUCUCAGUGCUCUGUGAUGCUGAGGUGGCUCUCAUCAUUUUCUCUAACCGAGGCAAGCUCUACGAGUUCUGUAGCAGCUCUAGCAUGCUCAAGACACUCGACAGAUACCAGAAAUGUAGUUAUGGUGCUGUUGAAGUUAGCAAACCAGCGAAGGAGCUCGAGAGCAGCUACAGGGAAUAUUUAAAGCUGAAAACUAGAUUUGAAGCUCUACAACGAACUCAGAGGAAUCUUCUGGGAGAGGAUUUAGGCCCUUUAAACACCAAAGAGCUGGAGCAACUCGAGCGUCAGCUAGAGUCAUCUUUGAAGCAUGUUCGAUCCACCAAGACCCAAUAUAUGCUGGAUCAGCUCACUGAUCUUCAAAACAAGGAACAUAUGUUGCUUGAAGCUAACAGAGCUUUGACAAUCAAGCUGGAUGAAAUCAGUGCAAGAAAUCAUCUUCGAGUGGCAUGGGAAGGCAGUGAACAAAACGUAUCUUAUGGGCACCAACACGCUCAAUCUCAGGGACUAUUCCAGCCUCUGGAAUGCAAUCCCACUUUGCAAAUAGGGUACAACCCAGUUGGUUCAGACCAGAUGACGGCAGCAGCCACAAGUCAAGGCCAACAAGUAAAUGGGUUCAUCCCUGGCUGGAUGCUUUGAACAGCUGUGUGGCCUGAAUGACCACAAGAACAUUGAAGGUGUUUUUAUAAGUAUAUGCUUUUUGAUGUUGACAAUAUGUAAAUGGUUGAUUUCAUGUGCAUUUGUGUUUAAUUCAGUCAGUCAUAUGGACAUAAAGGCACAAGUGGUUGAAUCUGUGAGGCAAAAACCUCUAAGGUGUAAGGCCUUCUGGACAUGAUGAGGGCAUGUAAGCAAUUCAUAUGAUAUUGCACUUCUGAAAACUUGUUUGGAAACCUGUUUGGUGAUUUGCCAUUUGAACA